CUGCAUUUACUUAGAGGUCGCACAUUUGGAGAAGUCCAUCAUGUUUGAUGAAAAUUAUUACAGUCCUCGAAUACCUUAUGAAUUUGUACGGAAACAGAAUUAACAAUUUAUGAACUGGUUAUAUUUUAAACAACAUUGUCCAUUAAAUUAUUUAGAACUUUUGAAUCCCCCAAGCAGAUGACUCAUAUGGACAUGGCCUUGGUGACACGGAAGCCAAAAUGGUGAUCACGUAUAGGUGUGUGGAAUGAAUACAACGCUAUUCAGUAGAACUACAGCGCAGUAAAGGUCGUGCGGGUUCUUGGGCGUGUGAAUCUAGUCAGUAAAGGUAGGUGUUACGUUCCGUAACCCGUGUCUGCGGUUGUAGAGGUUAACAGAACUGAAAAUCUCUACCAGGAAACCUAACCUGACGAAGACGUGGUAAUAUUUUCAAUAUUAAACAUCAAAAUGCCAGCAAUCGGACCGGUUUACCAACCUACAACGGUUACAUAUGAGCAACAGAAUGAUUGGACACCUAUCAGUAACUGGUUUCAAUUUCCGUUUCCUAAUGGUUCUAUUCGAACAAGAUUUAUCCAGUGGGCUUUACUUAUUCUUGGCCUGGUCGCGUUAGCUGCUGGUCUUGUAAUGAUUAUAGAAGGAUCUGUGGAUUUGUAUGACACAAAACAACAUGAUACAGAAGUUGGUGAGACUCCGAAUAGUGAUGCAGAGUCAGCAGGUGAUAUUGUUAUCGUGAUUGUGGGGGUAAUAGUAGUGCUGUUGUGCAUUUUGUCAUUUGGUCUUUAUGCCCGCAUGAUUUGGAGAACAAAAGGAUGCCCAUGUUUCCCAAGUAAAGAACAGAGGCUUGCAAGACAGCUAGAUAAUCAAGUUGGAAAUGGACAGAUUUUGACUCUGAACCCAUCUACAGAUCUCCUUGUGACAGCUCAGUAUGCUCCCGUGUCAGAAGUUUCAUACCAUCCUCCCACUGUCUCCGAGGAAGAGGAGACUCGGAAGUUGAUGGGGAGUGACAACAAAGAAUGUGUUGAAGAGAGUGAACGCAUGCUUGAAUCAGACCCACGCAUUGUACUGAGACCGCGUAGCCACGUUGAAGAAGCCUAAACAGAUUAGAGUGUCAUUCCAAGAAUCCCCAGCAUUGUAUCCAUUAAACGCAAAGCAUCCAGCAGUUCUGCUAGACUGCCGGCACCUUUAGCAGGUGUUGAAGAAAUCACCCCAUCUCUACGCUCAUCUUUUGCCAGUGUCUACUAUAAUAUAACACCUUAUGAAUCCAUGUCAUCAUCAAUUCAUUCAGCCAGCAGCAAUUCAGAUUAAUGCAAAGUUGUUUCUGAUUUCAGUUAACAGUAGGAUUAUUCUCUUAAUAAAUUAGCAGUGUUUUUGGAUAUAGACCUAUAACAUUUCUAUGGUGGGAUGAGAGUGAAUCGGCUACAUUUUAGAUUGGGAGCGUUUUACUGAAAUAAUAUCUGAUGAUAUAUGAAAAGAUACAGAAUGCCCACAAAGCUAAAAUUUUUAAUUACUAACAGAAUAGUUCACUACCAUGAAACUUAUUUAAUUGUGAACGUUUUUGUGUGCUUGACUGCCCAUUGACACCUUCGAUAUAAGCGCAGUUUGUGGCGCAAACUGUUUCAGUAUGAACAUGAACUACAUGCUGCCGUGAAGCUCCAAGCCCGUUUGUUGUAUUUGUUUGAUUACGUCAACUGGAAUAAUUAAAUGCUUCCGCCCUUGCAAUCAACAAUUAUUAUGAAAUGGACCCUCAUUAAAUUAUUUACUGUUAAGGGUAUUAAUUACUGCACAAGUUACAUUAAUAACUCUGCAUAUAAAUUCAUCUAACCAAUAGUCCACCAACCAGUUUGACAGAAAUCAAAAUAAACUUUUAAUGUAAACUUAAUUAAAAAAACACCCCAAUGCCGUCGUCUUAGUUCACCGUUUUUUUCCUGCUUCUUUUAUUAAGUUGGUUAUUUAAUGAUGUGAGCAUCAGGACUAUAGCGUUG